AUGUGUAACAGAAUUGUGGACGCGGUGGGGCCACACAGCAGUGAAACACGCACAGCCCGCACGCACUCGGGCUCCCUGAUCGGCGCCCGGCGCCUCCAGCUCCACUUGCUCCUCCUCCCGCGGAGCCGCUUUCCUCCCAGCGCUGGGCUGUCACCUUCCGCAGCAGGACCCUCUAGUCCCGGCGCUGCCCUCGUGUGCCCCCGGGCUUUUCCCCUCCCGGUUACUUCCGGGCCCUCCCGCUGGUGCCCUCCGGGGCGGGGGGGCGCUUUCGCCUGGAUUUCGGACCCCAGGGCACCGCCCCACCCUCUUCCUCUCUCACCGCCAAGGGGGCAGUCCGUGUCUUACCCCUCAGGCGCCCCGGCACCUCUGCCCAACAGCAGCCUCUCCCGGGUGCGGACACCUCUCGGGCCCCCCCAAAGAAGCGGCCAAAGAAGAAGGUGCGGGCCAGCCCCGUGGGGAAGCUGCCUGGCCGCUCCCACCGGUACCAGCAGCACCUGCCGCCUGGAGAGCGGGCGGGGCUCAACCGGCGGGGCAGAGGGAGCGGAGCGCGGUGCCGGACCUCGGGGACCGGGCCGCAGCCUAGGCCCCGGGUCUUGCAGCACACCCGGAAUUGGGGAAGCGAGCCUUUUCCCUUGUCUGCUGCCUCCUGCGGCGCCUGGCAAGCCCUCGCUUAGAAAAGAGAAAAUGGAGAAAAUGUUCCUAGCUUGUCCUCUUGUGGACAACUGA